AAGGCGCGUGCCAAGUAGGGGUCUCUCGUGCCCCUGCCUGCGCGCUCUGGCUUCGAAACACACGACGAUCAUUUAACUGGAGUCACCGUGCGUGGGGUACGGUAGGCGGAACCCGCACGCUCUUCACAUCCCACUUUUGAGAAGAUUACGAGGACAAUUUACUGCGAAACAUAUGACGUUAACGCCGUUUGCGGGGAAGACGGACGGACGUAGUGGGACACAGGCAGGACGAGACGCCGCGGGUGUAGACAGAGGCAAGAUUUGCGUGGAGAUAUUUGGAGUUGGAAGAGGACAUUGGUAGUUCUCUGAUUCCAGGAGGCCUCAUAGCACUUUCCAGGCAUUCAUACAGCCUGUUACAUUUACACAUUUGAACAGAUAGAUUAUUUCGUACACACCAAGGCACCAGAGCCGAUAUGAGUGAAGACAAACCAGCUGAGACUGUGGAAACUGCCUCUGCUGAGGCGAACGCUAUUCCUAACGGGAAAGGCCAUGAGCCUGGGGAGGAGAUCAUGGCAUCGGUCAAAACACCGCCUGCAGACGACGGUGAAAAGGAAACUGUCCCCAUUAAUGACCAGAAUUCUUGUCCUCAGAAAACGGAGAAUACAGAAGCCAACCCCCCAGAGAGCCAGGAGUUCUUAUCAGCCGUGGAGGACAAAAAGAUGACGCGCUUCACAGAUUUUGAAGGAAAGACAUCUUUUGGGAUGUCAGUCUUCAACCUGGGCAAUGCAAUCAUGGGAAGUGGAAUCCUGGGACUGGCAUAUGCCAUGGCCAACACAGGGGUCGUCUUGUUCUUGAUACUCCUAACAGUGGUGGCAGUCCUCUCAUCAUAUUCCAUCCAUUUGCUGCUAAAGUCAUCUGGUAUUGUAGGUAUCCGUGCAUAUGAGCAGCUUGGCUACCGGGCCUUUGGGACCCCGGGGAAGAUGGCAGCAGGUAUUGCCAUCACACUGCAGAACAUUGGAGCCAUGUCCAGUUACCUGUACAUAGUCAAGUAUGAGUUUCCUCUGGUCAUCCAGGCCUUUCUGAGGGUGGAUAAACCUGCAGGCGAAUGGUACCUGAACGGAAACUACCUUGUGAUCAUUGUAUCAGUUGCAGUAAUUUUACCCCUAGCUCUCAUGAAACAGCUCGGAUAUCUGGGAUACACCAGUGGCUUCUCCCUGAGCUGCAUGGUUUUCUUCCUCAUUUCGGUCAUCUACAAGAAGUUCAACGUCUCGUGUCCAUUUGUGGACUAUAGCAAUAGCACUGCCGGUGGGCCAAAUGUCACUGUUUCACAUCAAGACCCUGCCUGUAUUCCCAAAAUGGCCAACCUCAACUCACAGACGGCCUACACCAUACCCAUCCUGGCGUUCGCCUUUGUGUGCCACCCUGAGGUCCUGCCCAUCUACACAGAGCUGCGCAAUGCCACCAAGAAAAAGAUGCAGCAUGUGGCCAACAUCUCCAUUGCAGUCAUGUACUGCAUGUACUUCCUGGCUGCUCUUUUUGGAUACCUAACUUUCUAUGGUGAAGUGGAAGCAGAGCUGCUUCACACCUACAGCCGUAUUGACCCAUAUGACACUUUGAUCUUGUGUGUGCGUGUAGCUGUGCUCACUGCCGUCACGCUCACUGUACCCAUCGUGCUCUUUCCUGUAAGGAGGGCAAUUCAGCAGAUGGCGUUUCCCAACAAGACCUUCUACUGGCCUCGCCACAUCAUCAUUGCCUUGAUUCUGCUCAUUUUCAUCAACCUGCUUGUCAUCUUCGCCCCCAACAUCCUGGGCAUCUUUGGUAUCAUUGGUGCCACAUCUGCCCCUUGUCUCAUCUUCAUCUUCCCUGCUGUGUUCUACAUUCGUAUUGUACCCAAAGAAGAGGAGCCGCUGCGCUCUGUGCCCAAAAUCCUGGCCGCCUGUUUUGCUGGGAUAGGCUUCCUGUUUAUGAUAAUGAGUCUCAGCUUUAUCAUCAUUGAUUGGACAUCAGCCACCAGCAAAACCAGCAAUGGUCACUAGGCACUGCCUUCCUUUUUUUUCAGGUUUUAUAUUGUUGAUUUAGAUUUGUGUUGUAAUGUUACAGUUUUUAUUUUGGACCAUGUUUGAUGUAUGAUGCCCUAUCUUUUCGGUAUAUUAGCCACAGUAGAGGGGAUUAGAUUUCAGGAUAGCUCUCUGUCCCUCCGGAAAUGCACUCACUCUAAUGACGUUACAUUGCACUGUAGAUCCUGCCAUACAGUGACUGCAAAUCCAGGCCAGUAGACUUUCUUUUAAAGUUGAUAGUGAAGUCACUGAAAGGUCAGGCGCAUUAAGAUUAAAGCUGACAACUGGAGGCUGUGCCUUGUAAUGUGGAUAUAAAAAACUAAAUGUAACACUGUAGCAGUGUAGGAUGCCACGGCCUUUAUGCCCCUUUCCCUGUAAUGGCUGUGACAUUUUGCCACCCCUUGCUAUCCAUGUCUUUCCUAAAAUGAUCUGCAAACUGCUUCUCAGAUUAUAAUCCACAGUCUGAGUGACCUCUCUUUUAACUGUCUUGAGUGAAAUUCAUUGAAUGAUAGAUAAUUAUUUUAUGAUUUUUAUGACUAUUAUAAUCAUUAUUGUUCUAAGUUAUUUGAAAAACUAUAUCUUUGUAAUUCUGUGCACCUGAAGAAGAAAGUAAUAGCAAAAGUGAUUGCACAGAUAGAAAGAUGUGUUAAAGGAAUAGUUCAGUAUUUUGUGAAAUGCACUUACUAGCUUUCUUGUUGAGAGUUAAGUGACACCAUUCUCACAGCAGCUGGUUAGUUUAGUUUAGCAUAAAGACUGAAAAAUGUUGAAACGUUCCUUUUAAGAUAUGCAGCCUUUAGCUCCAAUUAACAAGUGCUUCUGUUCUUUAUUUUAAGGUUUGGAGGUGUUAAAACUGUCACCUCUGCCAGAGCAGGGUGUAAAGCCACAACAUAUGUGGUGUUGAGCACAUUUAUCUUAACAUUCCUACACAGUAUGAUCAAGAUGUAUAUUUUUUAUUAAUAAUGAUGAAAACCUCAGACGAUGUAUGGACUGAUGAGAUGAUCCUCAGCUAAUUCUAACUGAGGUGGUUGAUAUCAGAGAGACAGGUUUCAGGUCAGGAGCACUUCUAAAAGGUUCUUGUCUGUUCAGAUCAUUAUAUAAAAGAAUACCUAUAUUGUGCAAAGAGAUUUUCUUUUUCAGUGUUACUGUGUACAUGAUAGUGAUAAAUGGUACUGAAGACAUUAUCAUAUGGAUUGUACAGAUCAAAGUGAUAAAUGAAAUGAAGAGAAGAAAGUUACCACUCAGUGUUCAUCAUCAUCGAGUAGGGAUGCUUUUUACCUGGAAGAUUUGAUGAGUUGAUUCUGGACACUGGAUAUAAUCAGAGAUAACCAAAAGAUGAAUCAAACAGCAACAGGGUCACUUCAUGAAGUGGUUUGUAAUUGUUUGGUGUAAAUACUUCUGUAUCCAGCACAAGCUUGAUCCCUAAUGGAAACGACAGACAUGGGAUUACUGUCUCUUUCACAGUCUUGAAAAAUUGGUGGUUAGCAAUAGCACUUAUGCUGAUAGCACAACUUCUUGUAGCCUUUAAUAAGUUGAAACACAAGCUAAUCAUUUGUUAGAAGUGCUCACAUUUGCUAGAUUGCUUUUUAUGACUAACUUAAUCAAUCUAAUGUUGAUUGCAAGAAAAUUUACAGUGUAUCAAUGGUAUAAUACAGAUGUCUUCUCAAACAUUACUUGAAAUAAUGUUAAGCUUAGCCUUCCUGUGAGCCCCUGCAAUCAUUAGCUUCCUCUUGUUGUCCGUUUUGUAGAUAAAACAACAAAUUAGUUGGAUGUACUAUUGGAGGUUUUUAUGGUGUCUGUGUGUUGUGUAAAAAAGAAAACAUGGCUCCACUGUAUUUGAACUACACUACCUAUAUGCAUUUGUGUUGUUAAACCUGGACCUAUACUCUAUAAUUCAAGUAUUUGUCUCCUACUUGAUAGCCUACAUUAACAGUUUUAAACGUCAUAUUUAAUGGUGUUUUGAGUAUAUCAGUUGAAUCUGAUUCAGUGAUGAAAUGCAAGAUACAAAACACAGUUAAUCAUUGUAGUGUUUUCUUAUGUUUGUCUUUUGUUGUCAGUGGUAAAGUUUGGGUAAUUUCUGACUUCCUUGCUGCUUGCUGGUAAACAGCGACAUACUAACUUGGAGUUGUUAGUGAGCUGGUGUACUUGUCUACAUUUUAUUACUUUUGUAAUGAUGAAAUUAUUGCACCAGACCACAGUGAGUGGGGUAUGGCUAACUGACUAUUGUUCUGUGAUUUUGCUACACAGCAAACCUCUUUUAACCAAUUUUUAUUUGAUUAAAUCUAGGCAUUUGGUUGUCUUUAUGUAUGCAGAGGGAAUCAUCUCUGUCAGCCACUGGGGUGUAAUUUGGCUAUACUGUAUGUAUGAUAAAGCCAUUGGUAAAUAAAUGAGUAUCAUGAACUGUUUUUCAAUGCUGCACACACAAAAUGCUUCAAAACCUCACAAUAUGCAAAACAAAAA